AUCUCGGAAAUAGUUAUGAUGCAAAUUGAACAAGUUUAGUCACCAUUGCGUGUUAUGGAGGAAUUUGAUUGUGGAGGUAUCAUCAUUAAGUUGGCGAAAUAUUUUUGAUGGGUAUGUUUUAAGCGUCAGUUCAUAAUGGACCUUCCAGAGGAGAGCAAAUGUCUUUCAAGGUGGAAAAAGAUUUUGUUCUCAAUCACACUUGAGCCCAUGAUCUUUGUCUCCGUUAUUGGAGGAACAAUUGUUGGAGGAUCGGCGUUGAACACAAAUUUGCUAAUUAACAAAAUGUGCGUAUUUGAGCUUCAAUUCAAUACGACUAUUUGCGAUCACUUGGAUCUCGCAGAAAACGAAGAUUAUGAGAAUGAGGUCCAAGAGAGAGUCAAUAACUUCCAAAUGAUUGGUCAAUGGGUAUCAGCUAUUCCUGGUUUGAUAUUCUCAUUAUUUGCUGGUGGCUUAUCGGAUAAUGUGGGAAGGAAACCCUUGCUCAUAUUUCCAAUAGUAGGGUUGGUUCUCACAUCCCUGCUGGAGAUCUUGAAUUUGGUGUUCAUUGAUACUUUUCCCAUUGAAGUGUUCUAUGUUGAACAUGUGCAUAGCUUCUUUGGCGGCAUGUCGGUCUAUUACUUGGGCUUCUACGGCUUUGGAACCAGUGCAACCAAUUCCAAGGAGAGGACAUCCCGAUUGGCUCGAUUUGACGGAGUGGAACAAGCCGGAGCCUUGAUUGGAACGUUUUUGUCGCCAAUACUCUUCUCAGCCGUUGAUUAUAUCGGCUGUUACGGCAUCAGGGCAGGUUGUCGGAUCCUUGGAUUGGUUUACUUAUUAUUCAUUGUCAGGGAGCCUUUGAAAAAGAAGGGCAAAAUUUUCAAGACCACAGUGGACAGCCCUGAUGGAUCCAGGAACAUGACUUGCUUGGAAAUGUUUUGGGAAGGCAUGAUGUCCCUUUUUAUCCGACCAGUCAUUGGGAUGAUUCAAACAAUCAUUCGAAGCCGUCCCAACCGACUUCGGCCUCUUCUUUGGUUGCAACUUUUGAUUUAUGGUAUUUACUUUUUUGAGAUGGAAUCUGGCGCUCUCAUGUACAUCUAUGCAAUCAAAGCCAUUCCAAACUAUGAUGGAACAAUUCACUCCUACAUGAAUAUCAUGAUGAAGAUCCUGGGGACCCUGGCUUUGCUCUUUGUGAUCCCGUUACUCUCUCUCAAGUUGAAGCUACACGAGGGCCUGAUCUUAGUCAUCAUCAACGUUUUGGUUACCCUUGGAUACCUGACGACGUCAUUUGCUCAUAACAUCUGGCAAUUCUUCUUGUCCAAUAUGCUCCCUAGCAUUGCAAUUUGCAAGUUUUCCGCCACUCGAUCCCUAUUGACCAAGUGCAUCGACCACGAUGAGGUGGGCAAGCUCUACUCUUUCAUUGCACUCUUAUCUGCACUUAUACCGAUUGGUAGUAAUCCAGCUUUUCGGCAAUUGUAUAACGCUACGUUGGGAAGCUUCCCCUCUGCAUUUUUGCUUUUAAGUGCUGCCUUGGGAGUUUUGACGGUAUUCCUGAUAUUCUUGGUGUAUACCCAAAGAAAGUAUAUGUUGGUUGAUCGAAAAGGUGUGGUACUUCGCAACAUAUCCGAACACAAUUUGAACGAUACAUCUGAAGUCAAAAUGUAAAUUGUUGCGAAAAUAGUGAAAGUACAUGUUCCUUGAAAGCAA